AAAACCGCUGGGCGAGCCUGCCAGCUCCACCGCCUCCACUCUUUCUCACGUCGAAGCUGUGAAUCUUUUCACCUCCACAUCCUUCACUGCUCCCCUCCUCUACACCUCUUAAUCCUCCGUAUAUGCUCAAUCAGUCCCUCUCUCUCUCUCUCUCUCUCCACAUUAAUCUCCGAAGUCAGCAAACAUGUUGCGCUGGUACCAAAUGAAGCUGAAGACAGCACCGCUGUUGACACAGAGUGUGACCACUGCUGUCCUCUUCGCAACCGGCGACACCCUCGCCCAACAAGCCGUUGACAAAGUCGGCUUCGCGAAGCAAGACCUCUCACGCACAGGCCGGAUGGCUCUCUACGGCGGCGCAAUCUUCGGCCCCGCCGCAACGACGUGGUUCAAGUUCCUCUCCACCAAAGUGACGCUGCCCAACGCCAACGCCACCAUCGUCGCCCGCGUCGCCGCCGACCAGCUCGUCUUCGCGCCCACCAACAUGUUCGUGUUCCUGAGCACCAUGGCCGUGCUCGAGGGCUCCUCGCCGCAGAAGAAGCUGGAGCAGACGUACAAGCAGGCGCUGACGAAAAACUGGAUGGUGUGGCCGUGGGUGCAGCUGGGCAACUUCAAGUUUGUGCCGCUGGAGCAUCGGGUGCUGGUUGUCAAUGUGAUUAGUUUGGGCUGGAACUGCUACCUCAGCUACCUCAACAGCCAAGGCGGUGCCCCGGCCGCCGCAACCGAGGAGAAGGAGCUGCCUCCCUCGUAGACGCCCUCUCACUACCCUGCACCACCUUCGGUGUACGGAGUUCCGUCGUAUCGAUUAUUCCUACCCUGGCAUCAUUGCACCAGGAAAGCAUACGGCAAUAGCACACAUUGGUUUUUUGGCUUAGAGAGCGCGUAGAGCGAGAAGUCGGCACGAAGCGCUAACGCUGUUUCGUGGAGCUCAAGAGCGUUACUUGCGGUUGGGAAGCAGACAGGACAGCAUCACUUUCAGAAUCGGGAUAGACAGCGUUAGAAAGCGUGAAUACGGUAUCUCGCGCAUUAAAUUCUAUCAAUUGGCACAAAAGUAAUCACCCUCACUUUCGGUUGCAUUGCAUGCACGUGUUGUUCC